AUGUAUUCCUCUGAUCUUUUCACAUUGCUCCUCAGUGCAUCGCUGGCCACAGCAUUGCCUGCCCCUGCUGCUGCUCCCAACCAGAACCAGUUUCCUAUCAACGAUGGCUUCCCCAAUCCGAACAAUGACCAACUGCAGAAAAUCUUCCGGGGAGCUCAUGGGACGUUGCCAAACACACCUAUCCCCAAGUUCCAUGCAGACACAUUCAAGAGCCUGCAGCUCAUUGCAACAAAUGAGCUAGCCGAGGUUUCCUUAUAUCAAAUAUGCCUAUUGAAACUCAAGAAUGGCACAUUUGGUCCGGAGAACUUCGUCAACGAGGAGCAUCGUCAAUUCGUGAUCGCUACUUUCGAUGCCUUCUAUCAACAAGAAGAGGUACACACCCUCAUCGGACAAGGUGGCCUACAGGCCAAUGGACAGCCAGAAGUCCAGCCAUCUCAGUAUCAGCUCAAGACCGACACAUACCAAGAUUGUCUUACAACGGCGAACAUACUCGGAGACAAUGUCCUAGGCACCUCGCAAGGUGUGAUCAAUCAAGCCAUCGCCGCAGGGGACAGUGGUCUGGCUGCCCAACUGGAUUCACUCAUCGCCCAAGAAGGUCAACAAAGCGGCUUCCUUCGCAGCGAGAUGCUUGUAAAUGGCAAGCACAGCCGAAUCCCUGGAGCCAUGCCAGCCUAUACGGCGUCCACGCGCGAGUUCCUCUUUGCGCUGCUGGAACAGAACUUCAUCAAGCCAGGAACUGACAAGAACAACAUCAAUCUCCCUGUCUACUUCCCCUUGUCUGUCCAGAACAAGAACAUCGACCCUGUCGAUCAAACCCUCAACUACCAAGUCAACCUCAACCCCAAGACCGGCAAUAACUACAAGUUCAUCUCGAAAGUCAACUGGGACUCAAAAGAUCUCUACCUCGCCUAUAUCUCCGGGCAGAACAAGCCAUUCUUCGAGCCAAUCAAGAACGUAAAGAUGAAUUCGAAGCGACUGAUCUUGACGUUCGAUGCCGACUUCCCUGCAGACACCAACAUCAUCAACGGUUUUGCUGUCGGGGCUCUUACAUCGGGUAACAACUCGACGACGGCACAGGAGGUGACGUCGAACACUGUUGCCGGUCCAGCGACCAUUGAGCUGACGAACUAA